UAAACACAACCCCUCAUCGGAUUUGUCUGACUUCUGUCUAAUUUCAAGCCGCCACUGGUUGUCCAUUGAAUUUUCUAAGUUUACUUUGUAAAACCUGACAAAAUGGCAGAAGACAGCGGUUAUGAAUCUGUCAUCUGUGUAAAGCCAGAAGUGCACGUAUACCGCAUUCCGCCCCGUGCCUCUAACCGCGGAUAUCGGGCGGCAGACUGGAAGCUAGAUGAGCCGGCAUGGACUGGCAGGAUGAAAAUAAUCUCUAAGGGCAAGGUGGCGUUCAUCAAGUUGGAAGACAAAAACUCAGGAGAGCUCUUUGCCCAAGCCCAAAUGGACCAGUACCCAGGUUGUGUUGUGGAAGCCGUCACAGACUCCAGCAGAUAUUUUGUGAUGCAGAUACAGGAUGACAGCGGACGCCACGCAUUCAUCGGUCUGGGGUUUGCUGACCGUGGAGACUCCUUUGAUUUCAAUGUGGCCUUACAGGACCAUUUCAAAUGGGUAAAACAGGAGAGUGAGCUCGCAAAACAAGAAGCAAACCAGAGUGUGGCCCCCCCGCUGGACCUUGGCUUCAAAGACGGGCAGACCAUUAAGAUCAGCAUCGGGAACGUCAAAACGAAGGCGGGCGGGGCCAAAUCACGAGCCAUGCCAGGGGGCCUCCUGCCCCCUCCACCGGGAGGGGCCAAGAUCGGGUCUCCGCAGAGCCCCCCGCUCACGCCCCCCAACACCGUGAUGCCCUCCCUGUUGGACCUCGGCCCCGGGGCCCCCGCGGCCCAGCCCACGCCGGACAUCUGGGGAGACUUCACAUCGGCGCCGGCAGGCUCCAGCCCCAGUAACGAUACACAACAUCUGGAUGGGUGCAGUUUUAAAAAAAACUCCGGAAAACCAAAAAAAAAAAUCUCUCUCUCUCUCUCUCUCUCUCUCUCUCUCUCUCUCUCUCUCUCUCUCUCUCUCUCUCUCUCUCUCUCUCUCUCUCUCUCUCUCUCUCUCUCCUCUCUCUCUCUCUCUCUCUCUCUCAUCUCUCUCUCUCUCUCUCUCUCUCUCUCUCUCUCCCUCUCUCUCAUCUCUCUCUCUCUCUCUCUCUCUCUCUCUCUCUCUCUCUCUCUCUCUCUCUCUCUCUCUCUCUCUCUCUCUCUUCUCUCUCUCUCUCUCUCUCUCUCUCUCCUUUCCCCCCCCCCCCCCUCCCCGUACAUUCCAUGGACAAAAGGAUUGUGGCAAAAGACCAAGAGAAUGUUUAAAAAAAACCAGCCAGUCUGGUUUGCAGCACUUGCACUUAAUGAGUAACUGAUUGUUGUGAGAACACCCCCGACUCCUUUGACUACACCGUUUCAGUAGAGAAAACCAUACGUUUUUAUUGUAUCCCUUUUGAUGGGCUAUGCAAUGGGAAUCUCAAGACCUUUUUUGAAUCCAGUCACAUAACUAAUCUGGACGUUGUCGGCCCUCCCAACGGUGUAAAAACCAGUGCAUGAGUAUGCUCUCUGUUGGACAGGUGGGUGUAUUGGAUGUGGAGGUUUGAAGAGAAACAUAGUUGUCUGUCACACUAAAAAACACAUUAAAAAGCCUUCUAUGUUUAAUCAAGUGUGUUGCUCUGCUCCAUCUGAACUACGCUAAAUAUUUAUCCAUUUUACGGACUGUUUUUCCUGUUUUAUCAGCUUCAUUUUCAGAUCAAGCACAGACCUCUCAUAAGGACAGUUUUAGGCAUGUGGGGAAAAUGUUUUUUUUUUUGAUCCAUCCUCGUUUAUGUUUGCAUAUUUUCUCUUCUGGUUCGUCGUAUUCGUGAUUCCUGAAUGUUUAUGAAGGAAUAUUUUGAAAUUAAGAUUGAGACAUUUGGAAAAAAAUUAGUUCUCAUGCCUUUCAUGCAUUUUUCUUUCUUUCAUGAAUGUGUUAAAAAAAUCAAUGAUUUUAUUGUUUGGAAAACUAUGAACUUUUAUGCUAACAUCAAUGUCUUGCCUAACAUCUUCAGUACUUCAAAUCUACCAAGGUGCCUUUUUAAAUGAGAAUCUUUCUGAUUCGUGAUCAUAAUUUGAAAUCAAUAUUUUCAUGAGUGCCUUACUUUAAAAUGAAUUCAACGAUAAGCUUGUCUUGUAAAUAAACGUAUAUGGGGA